UUUCCACAGUACAGAGUUCCUAUUCCAAAAUUUUCACAUUCCCUUGAAGUUUCGUAAAAGUUCAUAAUUAAAGCAAAAAAACUAUUUUUAAUAAAAAAUCAGCCCAAAAUGCUACGCAAUCUAACAAUGACGCUGUUCAAGCAGCGAUCGCAGGUCCAGUCGCCGUCGCCGGUCCAGAUACAGAGCCGCAGAUACGAGCACAAGAUGCCCGAGCAUCUGAAGAAGGUGGCCAGCGACAAGGAUCCCGAAUUCUCGGCCAUGGUCCUCUACUACUACCAUCAGGCGGCCCAGGCCAUGGAGUCGCAGCUGGUGAAGGAAAUGGGCAAGUACUCGCACAUGAAGCCCGAGGCGCGACAGGCUCGCGUCUCAGCGAUCCUCAAUCUGAUUGGCAGUGUCACCACCUCCGUGGAGGUGAGCUUUCCCAUCAUCAAGAGCAAUGGCUCCUACGAGAUAAUCACCGGCUAUCGGGCCCAUCACAUACGCAAUCGUUUGCCGCUCAAAGGAGGCAUUCGAUUUGCCAUGGAUGUGGACGAGAAUGAGGUCAAGGCAUUGGCUGCCAUCAUGACCUUCAAGUGCGCCUGCGUCAGCCUGCCGUAUGGCGGCUCCAAGGGCGGCGUUCGCAUCGAUCCCAAGAAGUACACCGUGGGGGAGCUGCAGACCAUUACGCGUCGCUACACGAUGGAGCUGCUCAAGCGGAACAUGAUCGGACCGGGCAUCGAUGUGCCCGCCCCGGAUGUGAACACCAGUGGACGGGAGAUGAGCUGGAUGGUCGAUCAGUACUCGAAGACCUUCGGCUACAAGGACAUAAAUGCAGCGGCCAUUUGUACGGGCAAACCGGUGCACAUUGGCGGCAUCAACGGACGCAACUCCGCCACGGGACGUGGCGUGUGGAAGGCCGGAGAUCUGUUCCUGCAGGACAAGGAAUGGAUGGACAUGCUCAAGUGGAAGACGGGCUGGAAAGACAAGAAGGUCAUUGUCCAGGGAUUCGGCAAUGUGGGCUCCUUUGCGGCCAAGUUUGUGCACGAGGCGGGGGCGAAGGUUAUUGGGGUGAAGGAAAUGGAUUCCCAGCUGUUCAACAAAGAUGGCAUCGACAUUAAUGAUUUAAUAGCCUACAAAGAUGAAAAGAAGACCGUCAAAGGCUACUCCAAGGCCCAAGAGUCCAAGGAAGACCUCUUGGAGGGCGAAUGCGAUAUUCUGAUGCCGUGCGCCACCCAGAAGGUCAUCACCAGCGAGAAUGCCAGCAAGAUUAAGGCCAAACUGAUACUUGAGGGCGCCAAUGGACCCACCACUCCCGCCGGCGAGAAGAUCCUCAUCGACAAGGGCGUCCUCCUGGUGCCCGAUCUGUACUGCAAUGCUGGCGGCGUUACUGUCUCAUACUUUGAGUAUCUCAAGAACAUCAAUCACGUCUCCUACGGCAAGAUGAACUCCAAGACCACAUCCCAGUUGAUCCACGAGGUGAUCAACUCCAUCAAUGAGUCCCUCAAUCGCUGUCCCGAUAGUGAAUUUCCCGAGAUUGAGCCCAACGAACGCCUCAUGCGCAUACGCGACUGCACCAAGGAGGCCGAGAUCGUGGAUGCCGCUCUGCAGACUGUGAUGGAGUCGGCCGCCGCUGGCAUCAAGGCCACCGCCAAUAAGUUCGAGACCUGCAACGAUCUACGCAAGGCCGCCUACAUCUAUGCCGUCUUCAAGAUCUUCAAUGCCGUCGAGAGCUCCGGCAUUUCCCAACAGUAGUCCCCAUUUGAACCUCAAUAUAGCAUUGUAAUUGCUGUCUAAAAUUUUGAAUUUUCCCUACACAAAAUGUUUCUGCCCAACGGAGGCGUUUUAACUAAAUAUAUACAUAUUUAUA